CAUCUAAAAUUAACCAAGGAUGAGAAAGGUGUAGAUGUAGACCAAAGCCUGUAUAGAAGCAUGAUAGGGAGCCUACUGUACCUCACAGCAAGCAGGCCUGACAUCACCUUUGCAGUGGGUGUAUGUGCUAGGUACCAAGCUGAGCCAAAGAUGAGCCAUCUUACACAAGUGAAAAGAAUCUUGAAGUAUGUUAAUGCAACUUCUGAUUAUGGAAUAAUGUAUUCCCACACCAACAAUGCUAGGUUGAUGGGAUACUGUGAUGCAGAUUGGGCUGGAUGUGCAGAUGACAGGAAAAGCACCUCUGGAGGAUGUUUUUAUCUAGGAGAAAAUCUUAUCUCAUGGUUUAGCAAGAAACAAAACUGUGUUUCUCUAUCCACUGCAGAGGCUGAGUACAUUGCAGCUGGGAGUAGCUGUUCUCAAUUAUUGUGGAUGAAGCAGAUGCUUAAGGAAUACAAUGUUGAACAGGAUGCUCUAACAUUGUACUGUGACAAUUUAAGCGCCAUAAAUAUUUCAAAAAAUCCUAUUCAGCACAGUAGAACAAAGCAUAUUGACAUUCGUCAUCACUUCAUCAGGGAUUUGGUGGAAGAGAAUAUUGUGAAGUUGGAGCAUGUUGCAACUGAAGAACAGGUAGCUGAUAUUUUUACCAAAGCUUUAGAUGCAAAUCAGUUUGAAAGGCUUAGGGGCAAAUUAGGAAUUUGCCUAUAUGAGGAAUUAUAGCAGUUAAGGCAUUAUGUGCGCGCAACCGUUUUGCUCUCCAAAUUUCAUCAAUUGGCGCACGUAAA